CUUGUUUCUCAGUAAGGCGGUACAGACCCGGAAGUAGUAAGUACAUUUUGGAAACGCGAGGCACCUGCGAGUUGCUGCUGCUUUCAGUUCAUUGAAGAUAUCCAGGAGCCGAAAGUUAUUAAAACAUGAGUCUGUUAACCAAGCCCAAAUCUGAGAUGACUCCCGAGGAGCUGCAGAAGCGAGAGGAGGAAGAGUUCAACACUGGCCCUCUUUCAGUGCUCACCCAGUCUGUGAAAAAUAACACACAAGUUCUGGUCAACUGCCGCAACAACAAGAAGCUACUGGGCCGAGUUAAGGCUUUUGACAGGCACUGUAACAUGGUGCUGGAGAAUGUGAAAGAAAUGUGGACCGAGGUUCCCAAAAGUGGCAAAGGCAAGAAGAAGUCAAAGCCAGUCAACAAGGAUCGCUACAUAUCAAAGAUGUUCCUGAGAGGCGAUUCAGUCAUCGUGGUGUUGAGGAACCCGCUCAUUACAGGGAAAUAGUCUUGUCACGUAACGCACCGUUCAAGUACAGGCAAUCUCCUGUGAUGCUCCUCAGCCAGCUUGAAUGGGAGCUCAACUCACAUGGACUGUCAGCACAUGUUAAAGUGUUUAUUAAGCCAUGCAGCAAAGUAAAUCUUUAACAUUUACAUGGCAGAACACUUGUCAUUUUUUCUGGUGGCAUUGCAAGUUUGCAGGAGAAUGUUUAUAUUUCCUGGUCAAAGAAAAGCUGAAAAGAAGUUAAUAUCUAGCCUUUUUUUUGUGUUUGCUUGUUUUUCUGUUUUGUUUCAAAAUCAUAAAAAUGUACUCUUCUUUAGACACACAUGAGUUGAAUUCUUUUCUUAAUAAACUUUUGGAUAUUCAAACCUCCAUCUGUAACCCUUUU